AUGAAGUUCUGGGCCAGCUACCUCACACCAGUUCUUCUUGUCCCAGUCGUUGUUGCUGUACCCAAGGCUCCUUGGGUCUUGGAUCGAGCUCGUGGCCAUGGCCGAAGAGCUCUUGGGGCAAGUAUAGAGAAACGUGCGCACUUCCCCCGAGAAGCUUGUGAUGUCAAGAGUGCUCUUGAUAUCGAAGCUCCCAAGGAGAACCUCUGGGCCGAACUCUCCGAGCCAGAAGCUGUUAGUGUUGUGGAAUGGCUUUUCGCGCAGCCAGAUCUCAACCUCACAACUGCUGAAGACGCCGGCAGCUGGGAUAAUACUCUACUUUUAGUUGAAUUGAUGCAUCCGAAUAAAACGGAUGCUUUGGCGUAUUUAGACGGAACUGCUGGAGCUCCUACGCGCUAUGUCCAUGCUGUGAUCAGCCACCAAGCUAGCGAGGAUCCCUAUUACCAGGAUAUUCUCGUUGGUCCUCUACCAAUUGUCAACGGAACCACACACUGGCAACCAUUGGAGUACCCAUUUACCCGGAAGUCACAAGGUCGUGUUCGGAACCUUGACGCUGAUGCCGACACGCUCUUUGAUGAAUGGGUCCACAACGUCAGUGCUACAAUCUCCGAUAUCACUCUUGAUAUGUGGAAUGCUACUGCUCUUGGUCUGGAUAACGAUACCUUGUCCAUAUGGGGCAUUGAUCCUGUCUACCAGGAUGACGAUCGUAUUCUACGCUGGGAUGCUUUCUGGAGCAUUCCGAGGGGUAUCUUCGAUACUGGCUCCAUAAUGCCUAUGGGCUUGUACUUCAUGUCAGACGUGACGGGUCGAGAUGCCUCGAAGUGGUCCGUUGAAGGUUGGUACCACAACGGUGUGUUUUACGAGACCACAGCGGAGUUCCGAGCCGCGUACUGGAACGGGGAUGUUGAGAAACUUGGGGGUAAUUGGGAUGGAGCUUGGUCCAGCACGGAUCAACAAGGUACCAUCCCUCCUCUUGAUACCAUGUCGCCUCCCGUUGCCGUUGCUCCUCAGGGUUCGAGAUACUCUGUUGAUGACCAGAGGAGAUACGUGGAAUGGAUGGGUUGGUCUUUUUAUAUUGGUUUCAAUCGUGACACCGGCAUGAGCCUUCAUGAUAUCCGAUACAAGGGACAGAGAAUCUUGUAUGAACUUGGUCUUCAGGAGGCCCUCGCCCAUUACGCCGGCAGUGAUCCGAUCCAAAGCCACGUGGGGUAUUUGGACUCUUACUAUGGGUUUGGUCCCUUUGCGUUCGAACUUCUAAAAGGUUAUGACUGCCCGGCUUAUGCGACCUAUCUCAACUCGAGUUUUUACGUUACCGAAACAUCACGCACUCAUCUCAACAGCAUUUGCUUGUUCGAGGUGAACAACGACUAUCCCAUAGCUCGCCAUAGUUCCACACAUUAUGUGACUGCAACCAAGAACGUCAAUUUCGUGGUCCGUUCAAUUUCCACUAUUGGAAAUUAUGACUACAUGUUCAGCUACAGCUUCUUUAUGGAUGGUUCAAUUGCUGUGGAAGUCCGGGCUUCAGGAUAUAUCCAAGCCGCCUUCUACGCCAAGAAUGAGGAUUAUGGGUUUCACAUUCAUGAUCAACUCUCUGGCUCUAUGCAUGAUCACGUUCUCAAUUUCAAAGCCGACUUUGACAUUCUUGGAACCAAUAAUACCGUCGAGAUCAUGAGCCAAGUACCUCACACAACUACAUAUCCUUGGUCGAAGGGGAAGGUGUUCAACACCAUGAAACUCAACCGCUCAUUCAUUCUAAAUGAAGAUGAGAGUCGGUUUGACUGGAGUGCCAACAGUCAGUCACAGGUCCUGGUGGUCAAUAGGGACGAGAAGAACAAGUUUGGCGAGAAUCGCGGAUAUCGAAUCCUUCCUUAUACCGGUGCCGCCCACCUGACUGUCCAAAAUUCCAGUGUUCUUCAAAACAGCGCCAACUGGGCCAGUCACGACAUCAUGGUGUCUCAGCGGAAGGAUACGGAACCCCGAAGCGUGCACAAGUACAACAACCAGGAUACUAAGAACCCUCCUGUUGACUUCAACAAAUUCUUCGAUGGUGAAAAUUUAAAUCAGACUGACUUGGUCGUCUGGCUCAAUCUUGGGAUGCAUCAUGUGCCCCAUACGGGUGACCUUCCCACCACUGUCUUCACGACGGCUCAUUCCGGGGUGCAGUUCAUGCCUUCCAACUAUUUCGAGGUUUCACCCAAUGUGGAAACUGUGAAUAUGGUGCGAAUUAACUAUUCUGAUGGCAAGACUACUGAUGUGAUUACCUUUGGUUCCUUCGAUGACACGUGUGAGCUCUCUUAUGAGCCAACCUUCCCUGACUUCUGGGAAUACAAGGGGGAUGUGGUUGUGAGAAAGUUCCCGUACAAUCCCAACGACCCAUACUAUGAGGCUACUGGUAUUUGA